AUGACCAUGUUACUUUUGCUUAUCUGCUGCUGCACAAUCGGCUUCGCUCAAGACCAUCAACAUCCAGAGCAUCAACCGUAUCACCCAAACAUUGAACCGAAGUAUAGUCGAUCGACACCGUUUCAAAAUGAGGAAUCACUACCAAAACCGGUCUUUGGCAUGGCUCAUGGAUUUCCAUACAAAUCUCUGAAAAAAGAUGUCGAUAGAGAUGUCGAUAGGGAUCAUUCCCAAUCGCUGAGAAGAGGACGGCCGGAAUUUGAAGGUGAUCACGAAGGUGGAGAACCACCUGAAGAUCUGAGACCUCCAUAUUUUAUUCCUAAAAUGGAAGAUUCUUCCGCCAACAGGAAGCUCAGACAAAGUGGCACCGAAGAGAACCAUUUUCAGGAAGAACGCCAACCUCAACCUCGUGACGGGAGUGAUGAGGAUGAGCGAACGUUCCCUUUGCCUCCCUGGUUAGACAUAAAAGUGUCCCCCUUCAAAGGAAAGACACCACGUAAAGGAAACUCGUACGAAAGAAAUGACAGUGAACUUCGACAACAGCUGGUAAAUGGAUUUCAACCACAGAAACAAGUUCCUUCUUCUCAUGAAGAGCAUUUUUUUGGCCCGGAACAACCUUCGAUCAGCAACAGCGAACCCGAACAUGGAGGUGGGUUAAAAUCCAGACUUUCAGUUGGAACAGGCUCACAGAGUUCUGGGGAAGUGGACCAGAAGUUUAGCGAAGAAGAAAAAAAGGAAGCAAUGGACCACCAAUCUAACAGAGAUUUUGUUGAUGUCAACGUGCAGGCUGUUACCGACGUGCAGCCCGAGAACAGAGGUUUAGGUCCCUUUGGGAGAUUUAUUCCGCUGAGGGAUUGGAAGUUGAAGCAAUCUGGGCUUCUCUCUCCACUAAGCGCUAAACGAAGGCUGAGAAAGAAAUUAAGACGAAGGUUUCGCUUUCCUAUCAUUGAGGAACAGAAUGAGGUUCAGAAUAGGGAAAUAAAUUCCGAAGAAGCUAGUACUAAGCAAUACGGAGACCUGAAUGUAUACUCCGAGACGCCAAGAGAUGCAAGCUAUGAAGGCGAAACGUCGCAGCAAACGCAGCAACCAGCCGCUCUCAUUCCAGUACAAGGUAUGCCAAGCCAGACGAGCGAAGAACAACCGAUCAAUUCGCCAAAAAGGCUUCGUCAUUUCGAGGAAGAAGUGCAUCAGUUCACUACCCGAAGUUCCGAGGAACUAAGCGAUCAAGGAGAGCUGACUCGUACAACAGCGCCUGUUAUAAAAGCGUCCAGAUUCGAAAAACAAUCCGGCGGCUUAGAACAACGGAAUAUUCCAUCACUUGGAAAUCGACUAUUCAAUGUUGAUAUGCAGGAAGACGAACAGGAUGAACACAAGAGGAUGCAUGAAAUCAAAGGGUGCAGUGACGAACACGGGACUGACGAGAUUUCGUUUCCCCUCAGAGAACCUUGUGCCGAUUGUUCUCAGCUUUCCUCGCCACAAUCAGUUUCCAUUCCAUCUACCAAGCCCUCACAGAGAGCUAUUGGUUCUGUUGUAGAAAAGUCUAUUGAAUUGCCUUCAUCAUUAGCACCUCCUCCAUCUUCCACACCACCAUCUGUUUCCACCGCUCGCAAAGAGCAAACCAAUUCUAAUGGUAUAAGCAAAAGCAAACAUGUCGAUUGUGGAGGUGGUGCUGGAUCGCGAGAUUCCAAACCGAUUCCAAGCAACACGCCUUCCCUACCGGCAUCCUCUGUGCAGAACAUCGAAGUGGUUCUCAAGUAUGGUGAUGAUGAUCAAAGAUAA